CAGUACCUGCGUACAACAUCAUCCCAAACAAGACUGCCUUCAACAACAUCACAGCACCAUGCGAUCCAGUCAAUUAAGAUUUCUGGCAAAGCCACGUCUUCCAUACCUCCAAAAUGCUCCCACGAUAAGAACAUUUUCAAUCUCGCAAUGUAGAGCGAUCUUGACUACGGAGAUGUCAGAGAAGCAAUUGGGAGCUAUUCAAGUAAACCGAGCGAGGUUAUGGAGAGACUUACAUGCGACCUGUGAAUGGGGGAAGGGAGAGAGAUGGGGAGAGUAUGUGUCUUUUCUACUUGUAUUUGGUGAUUUUUAGGCAUUGAUUGUUGUUUGCUUGAUGUUACGCUCAUUGCUAUGAAUAUACCUUUUCUUACAGUUGCUUCAAAUGUUUCUGUGUACUUUUUACUCAUUUUUGAGUGGAGCAUUUCAUCGAAGGGAACACUCGUUGCCUGUAAUGUGUUUUCUUGUACGCCUAUUCGUAUACUAGCUAUCGCUGGGACUCUUUUCUUCCCAUCGCCGAUUCGCCGGACUUUUCCAAAACACGAACUUAUUUUCUAUUGAGUUACUUCCUGACAAAAUACAAGUGGACCAACGGAUAUUGGAAUGUCUCGUCUCGCAUUAUCCGACUCCGAUAAGCAAGCUCGAGAUUGGUUCGUUGAGACGACAAAAGAUUUAGGCUGUGAGGUGGAAAUUGAUGAAAUGGGUAUUUUCACAGUCCCAAGUUCAUUUCAUUCAGGCACUGAUUUAUGGGUCUUAGGGAAGAUAUUUGCCAUUCGUCCUGGGAGGGAUAAUUCGAGACCUCCUACUUAUGCUGGGAGUCAUUUGGAUACACAAGUUAGUGAGAGAGAGAAAUACUCGAUCGAAGUGUAGAGUACUGACAGCUAUCAGCCAACUGGUGGACGCUAUGAUGGCAUUCUUGGGUGAGUGAAAGUCGAUGGAAGACUGAAUUGAGGCUCGGCUAACGGGAUUCUAGUGUUCAUGCUGGAAUCGAAGCGUUAAGGACCAUGAGAGAAAACGAUAUUGAAACCGAAUAUCCAACUGGUUUGAUAACAAAAUCAACAGACCCAGUAAUCUCACCAAACCUUCACAGGAGUAAUAAACUGGACCAACGAAGGAGCCCGCUUCCCCAUUUUGAUGGUAGCAAGCGGUGUCUGGGCCUCAGCAAUUUCUCUCCAAAAAGCCUACUCCCUCCCCUCAGUCUCCGAUAGCGAAACUCAAAAAUACGCCCUCGAAAAGAUAAAGUAUCUCGGCUCCCUCCCAGCAAAGCACAAGAUAAACCCCAUAGGUGCCCAUUUCGAGCUACACAUUGAACAAGGCCCCAUCCUCGAAAGCUCCGGUGGAAAAAUUGGCGCCGUGGAAGGCGUACAGGCGUAUAAGUGGUUCACCAUCACAGUCAAGGGACGAGAUUGCCACACUGGAACGACGGAUUUUGGCAAUCGAUCGGAUGCUUUGUUGUGUGCUGCGAAGCUUAUACUGCAUAGUCACAAUCGAGCGGCCGAGAAAGGGUGUCUGGCUUCUACGGGGAUUUUGGGGUUGAAGCCUGGAAGUACGAAUACGGUGCCUGGAUUUGUGACUUUUUCUUUGGACAUUAGGUCGAGGGAUGAUGGCCAGCUAAGGGAAUUGGAGAAUGUUCUGAAGGAGUAAUUCGAAAGAAUUGCAAGAGGAGAGGAUGUUGGUGGUGUUAAUGAGAGAGGUGUCAAAGGGAGGGGAUGUAGUGUUGAGUGGCGACUGGAUACUGACUCGCCAGCUACCAAGUUUCACGAGGAUUGCGUGCGAUGUGUUGAAGAGAGUGCGAAGAGUCUUGUAGGAGUUGAGGAUGGGAUUCAAGUCCAGAUAAUGACUUCAGGUGCUGGUCACGAUAGGCGAGUUUUCAUUCUACACUUUCUACCACUCCCGGCUAACUUCCUCUCUAGUGUGUACACAGCGAGACAUGCUCCAACUUCCAUGUAAGUAGUAUCCACACAGACGAUCGUCAUCACUGAUAAUUCUAGGAUCUUUGUACCAUGUAGGGAUGGUGUUUCUCACAACCCAGCCGAGUACUGCAGUCCGGAGGAUUGUGGAAACGGAGCCCAGGUGUUACUUGGUGCAAUGUUGAGAUACGAUCGACUCCUGGCACAACGAAAGAAUUGACCGGUUGCUUAGUUUGCGGAUUUCAUUCAUGUCCACCAACCAUCCUUGGGGAGAAGAUUAGUAGAUCAAAACGCCUUAAGACUCAGUACCCGAUGAUUCUACCAAGCAAUUUCCGAUUUGUGCAGGAUGCGAUUCCAUAGGAUUACCAUUAUGGGUCUUCUCCAGCCCAAGGAAGACAUCGAACCUCUCACAGAAAGCGGAACAAGUAUCAAACUAAAGCCGGAGAGGAGUCUCCUCCAGAAAGACCACAUAAGAGAAUUUGCCAGGAUAGUAUAAACAAAGCAAACUCCAUCAAUCGAUGAAAAUAAUGAACAGACAAUCAAAAUGGAAAAGGUUGACCAGGAAGUUUCUCCUAGGUAUUCAUAGCUUAGCUUGAUUUCAAGACGAACAUAUCACCCUUGACUACUUACUAUCUAGAGGUUGAUAGGUAGGCUAAU